GCCGCCGCCGUCGCCGCCGCCACCGCCACCGCUGCCGCCGUCGUCGACCGUCGACGCGAUCCUCUCGCGCGGAUUAAGCGGGAGAUCCGCGAUAGGAUAGGCGCGCGUGUACUCCAUCCACUUCUUUUUCCUGCCUGCGCUCCACAUAAAUCGCGUCCUACGACCAAGAAGUCACACCUGCAGCACCCUCUCGCCGCAGUCCGUUAAUUAUCGCCGAUCGCAGCCCCGUACCCCGUAUCGCCGCCUCCUUCGUUAACAGUUCGCCGCUCGAAAGAGAGUUUCGCGCUUUCUUCUCCUUCUCCUCCGGUAGACGCGAGAUCUCGAGGGGAAAAAGUCGAGCGAGACGCGCGGCAGAGAGGAUCGAUAGAGGAAACGCACGAUGAAACGCACGAUGACGGGGAACGUGCCGAUGAUAGUGUGACCUCGCGGAUCACCGGAUAUAAAAAGAAUAGAAAGAAGCUGGAAACUGGGGGUAGGGGCAGCCCUGUCGUGGACUUUCGACAAUUUAGGCGGCGGCAGGAUCAAAGGUCAUGGCAACGCCGCCGGACUCGCCGGGACCGGAAGAGGCGUUCUUUGAAUUCGAGAGCACGAGGGCGAGGCAACAGACCACCAGGCCGGUGCCUAUAGAGGAGCUUCUGCGACAGACCAAGUUCUCCCGCCAGGAGAUCCGAGUCAUGUAUCGAGGCUUCAAGCAGGAGUGCCCCGAGGGAGUAGUCCACGAGGAUUCGUUCAAGGACAUUUAUGCGAAAUUCUUCCCGCACGGCAACUCCAGUCCCUACGCCCACUACGUAUUCAAGGCCUUCGACGUUAAUUGCAACGGGGCCAUCAGCUUCAGGGACCUCCUCGUGACGCUGUCGACCCUGCUGCGGGGCAGCAUUUAUGAGAAAUUGAGAUGGACCUUCAAGCUGUACGACAUAAACGGCGACGGCUGCAUCACCAGGGGCGAAUUGGGCGAAGUGGUGACGGCGGUCCACGAGCUCAUGGGCAGACGGCAUCACGCCGAGGAGGAGAGGAAGGCGAGAGAACAGCUGGACAGGGUCUUCAAGAAACUCGAUCUCAACCAGGACGGUGUUAUCACGAUCGAGGAGUUUAUCGAGAGUUGUUUGAAGGACGAUGUGAUCACACGGUCGCUGGCGAUGUUCGACUGCGCGCUUUGAUCUCCGGCUAAGGACGAGCCUUCAGCAGUGGUCACCGCGACGCCGCCGACACCGCUCUCGACGACAACGUUCUCGCAAUCCCUGUCCCCGUCGCCGCCGCCGCCGUCCUAUUCCCUGCUGCCGCCUAUCCCGCCGCCUUUGCCCUCUCAACCGCCACCCGGUUACACCGUCCAGGAUCAGGAGCUCUAUCUACUUCUGGCCGCCCACUGGUGGAACCAACCGGAGGCACCGCUCUUUUGUUAAAGGGCAACGCGAUAACACGACUCCUAAGCGCCGUAGAAUAGCAAUCGAGGUCUAAAUCUGUGGAAUCGACGAGCGGAUUUCCCGGCAUCUUGUUGCCCAUUCGUUCUGCGACACGUUGCGCAAGCAGCACGAGGACACGGUGCAAGGUGUCGUCCUUAUUCUCGCCGACUAACGGAGCUUAGCCGAAAGAGUUCAGCCGUUUCGAAAACAGCACGCGGUACACGCGGGGACCGUUGCUUUACGCAGCGCGAGAGACAACGUCUCGCGAACGAUCCCGCGACGAUGAUUGCCGGAUAUUUUGGCAAUCACGGAACCGACAAUUGGCGUCGAUCUCUGGCAAGGGUCGAGCGAGAGUUGCAAGAACGAUCUAAGGUCGAAUGCGCGAGAUAGGUAUACUGCGGAACUCCUACGUUGCGAUCUCUCGCGCUUUAGACGCGAAGAACGGCGUCUGAGGAAGAGAGGAUACCCUCGAAAACGAAGAGAUGCCGGGCGAGGGCUCGAACAAGAACACGAGCGAGAAGAUCUCCCGCGAUCGAAGAACCUGGUAUCGCGAGAAUUCGUGCCAAAUGUUGGGAAUUUCAGACUACGAUGAUGAAGGAACAGGGGGGAAACGGCGGAGUUUGGUGCUAUGCGUGGCUGUGAGUCGGAAACUACAGCACGAGAACGAGGAUUCUAAAUUGUUCUAGAAAAAAAAAGAGAAAAAGAAAGAUAAUUAUAGGUCACCCGAGGGACGUCGUAUCCAGUUUCGGACGUUCGCGUUAUUCGCACGAUUCUAUUUCUACGGUAGGUGUUAAAGACGAGGAUCAUAACGGAUCGAUCGCGCGACUUUGCGUUACCAGGAGCGUUCUCACGACUUACGAGAGAUCGUGUGAUUCAUUUGGAAACACAAUCGGCCCGUAUUCUGAACGCACUUUUAUCGAUAGAUGUAAAUAACGCUUUGCGUCGUAAAAAAGAACCUCCCGCGCUGAGAAAUUAGUCUGAAUUUCCCUUGUUGUAGAUUAUCGCUCGACAUUCGGAAAGAUAUGUUAUUUUGUUAAAAAGAGAAAAAUGUAUCACAUAUGGUUAUAUGUACAGGGUACGUCUCGCCGUUAUCGCAUUGCCUCCUUGACGGCGAUCGUUUCUCGGAUAAUUUGAGAUCCCUGUAUAACGUAGUAUACGCAAAUUGACUUUUCUAGUCUAUCAUUUUAGUUUAAACACUCCGCAUAAUUGUUGUGCUCAUCGAUCUUUUUACAUUCUCCACCGUUACGACCGUUUAUUACGAUCGCAUGGUCGCGACGAUUGCGUAUCGCGAACGGCGAGGAUGAUUUGUACGUUUUCGACGUGGCUGUGCGUUUCGGUCUCUCUCGAUUAAAUUGUUAGCCACACGACGAUCAUCGACGAACGUAGAUAUCAUACAUACGUACGUACUUUCGUUGGUAGGUUCGUAGGUUGAAAACUUCGUUGUACGCCCUUUUCUAGACCCAAUCGAUUCUAACGAGUCUCGCGGGCAUUCAAUAUUUCUGCUGGCGAGGGUACGGCCAAUUUUUUUCGAUAUACCAAACGCAUACCAGUAUCGGCCGAUGCUUGCUUAUUAGCAAAAUUUAGCAAUUCUCUACCCCCUCCCCAAAACAUCCGCGAACAACUUUUUCUUUCGUCGUUGAUUUGUCGUGACACGCAGCGUACACGCUGAUGCUUACCGGAAAGGUAUUUUCGGUUCUUAUCAAUCCGACACUCUUUCCUUAGCGAUAGUUUCGCAAUCGAUAUUUGCCAUUCAAUCGUAUUCACCGAUAUUGAAGCCGCUGACAAGAGAUAUUGAUCGCCCCCGCGGACUCCUUGUAAGCGUUCAUAGCGUUGUAGGUGUACGUGUGCGAAGCAUCGAUUUUCUAAUGUAUCCGAUAUUGCGAGUCGUAUAUAGGCGUGCGAGCGUUGCGGGGGGCAUACGUCAGACUAGCCGAGUAGCGGAAGCCUGAGCGGCGAUUAUGGAUUAUCAAAAUCGAUUACAAUGAAACACCAAAGCUACCGUAGUUAGCUGUUACUUAAGUAUAAAACGAGAAAUAUAAUAUAGUACGAUUUAUAUAUACAUACAUGUAUGCAUAUACGUAAUUUAGGAUAAAUUCGCGUUUAAGCGCCCGGUCGUCGAACUCGGGAAAAAUUCAUUCAUUCUCAGAAAAUGCACGUCGUUUCGUCGAUACGCUCUAUACAAAAUACAUCGCGCGAUCACGAUCCACACGUACCCCUUUGUAGUAUCGCCCGUCACCGUUGGCGGUCCGCAUCAAGCCAGAAACUUGGGAUCGCCGUUGAUCGGUCGUCGUGAUCGCGAGACUCGUCGCGGGAUUUUCUCUUCCCGGAAGGAAUUAUCGUCGCCGAGCGACGGAUGGGACACGAGACACGAGGCACCUCGCCGGCGGUGGCUUUCACGGGAAUCGGAAAUGGAACUAUGGAACACGCGUGUUGCUAGGCUACGCCCUAUGGCGCGUGCGUUUCUAUAACGACUAAUCAACGACUUAAUAACGGCGAGAUCGCACAGCUUUUCCAUCGCGGUCGAGCGCGGGACAAUUAAGUUGAGUUUACGCUGAAUCUCUACAAGACACAGGGUCACGUAUGUACAUACAUAGAGGAUAAGGUCAUCGGAUCAAGAACGCUUAAAUGUUAAAAUCUUAUUAAAACUCAGGCAAGAGAUUCAAACAAAUUGCGCUCGGACAAGUCAAAACGAACAAAUAAGAAUGUUCGAGCUUUAAAUCCGAGUUCGGAGGUAAUGUUCGAGUUUGAAAUUAAUGGUCGAUCGGUUCGCAGAUUUUGCUGUUUGAUUAGCUCGGACAUCCAUUGCAAACAAAAAAAAUUAUUGUUUGUCCUAUUUUAAACAUACGAGAUUAGAUCCAAUGGAUCGAACAGUUCGAAUUGUUCGAUAUGAAAUGGUCUGAACGAUUUAAAAUCUUGAAAUUCGCGUGAUGUUCGAAUUAUUCAGUCGCACGAAAAUUCCAAGCGCUAAAUGUCUCCCUUGGAUUCGAAGACGCGAAGAAAUUUAUAAAAUACGAUUUAAAUGGCUCCGCGAAGGAUGACGAAUGCAGUUUCCCUUUCCUUUCCUUUUCUUCUUCUUUUUUCCUCGAUGAUCUCUCGUAAUCUCCUUUAUGAUCCUUUUAUAUUUCCCGUAUACUGUACUUAUAUAAAAAGAUGUUGCAUCUCGAGUCUGUGAUCGCACUCAGAAAACUAAGGAGUUAUCGCCAUCAAAUGUCAGGACCGAACUUGGAAUAAAAGCACAUAUACAUUGCCGGCCAUUAAUUUGCGAACGCUUACAGGAAGUUGUAAAAAAUAUAAGAAAAGAGGACGGCCGGUCUAUAUAUAGAAGCUUCUUUUAACGUCAAACCGUCUUUUUAAUCGCGUCGGAGUCGUUAAUUUGCGCGUGUCGUUAAUUUGCAUCAGAAGGAAAUUAUCCAACAUAAUUAUUUAAUAUAAAAUUAUUUAACGUAAUUAUUUAAAUAAAUUGCUUUUACGCCGGACGCUUCAAUAUUUCGUAAGCGUUGUCACAUUAAUGGCUCUUUUUUAAGAUCGGAGGGUAUAAUUAAAUUAAAAGAAGUAAUCUAGCAACAUUAAUGCCCGUGAUCAACGGUGCAAAACCGCUGCGAUUUUCUCGCCAUGAUAACUGUCGACGGAAGAUUUAUAUUCUUUAGGAUAUACGAGUGUGUCGUAUCUAUUUAGAGUGAUCAGCGCCGUCCUGCGACUUCGAAAUGUAAACGCAGAUUUGACCGAACAGGAUCGCGUUGAUCACUUCGGCUUGAAGAGAUAGCGACACACAUUUAUUUAUUAUAUAUAUCUUCCUAUGGUCUUUCGUCGAUGUAUAUUUAUAUACAUAUUGUAGCGUUAACCACGGAGAUAUGUAUAAUCAAAUACAUUUUUUGUGAAAUACCUACACCUUAAAUCUCUGCCAGCAUGUUGAUUGAUAUUCAAUGUGUCAUGCGCCGUAAAAUGUUAACGUAAAUCGAGAGCCGCGGGCACGCGAAUUUUUGAGAUAUCGAGCCGAACUUUUCUAGCAGACUUUUUGCUAUAUUUCCCAUCCUAUUUCCCAGACUAUAUUUCCCACACUUUUUCGGAAUUAAUUCAAUUGCAAACGCGCAGACAUCGGGACAAACUUCUCCCAUCGAGGCAUCUCCCUUUGCUUCUGUACGUAUCGCAAUAGAAGACUAAUACCUAUGCGCAUAAACUGUACAAACACGGGAUACCGUAUAUUUUUUAUAAAUUUUUGUUACCUUUUGCGAGGCACGAAGUAUAUUCGCAAAAACGUUUCUCUACGCAGAUUUCAUGUAAUAGCCGGCAAUUUUUGCUGAUUGCAAUCCGGUAUUAAACAGAAGAAAAGCACAAAAAUUCCUAAGAAAAUACUCAAAAAGCAUAAAAAUAAAAAUUAUUGCGCUAAUACCUAUAGAAAUAUUCAUGAACACGGAUACGUGAUUUUUAUUUGAAUAUAAUUCGCGCGUUGGUUGAUGUUUAACAGUUAUUAAAAAGAAACAUGCCUACGAAUUUUAAACUGAAAGAACAGGAUUCUACACAAAGCAGAAUUAAUUGAAAUCUAUUUGCCUCUAACUACAUGUAUACUAUACAUAAUAAAUUCUCGAAAUGAAUUGUGAAAUGUUCCUAAAAAGGUAAAACUUAAUUAUAUCAAGCGUUGGAUAUACGUUAAUGUCAAAUCAUUGAACAGAAUAGAAACGAAUAUAUAAAUUAUUUAGAAAUUAUUGGUUCUGUGUAAUGAAACUUUAUAUUUCGCACGAACUAACUAACAGGAUCUUCUAAGUUGAACUUAGAAGAUGAACACUAUUGACACCUCCAAGAAGUUAAAACACGACUAAAUUCCGUCGAGACUAAUACGAAGCAUAUAAUAAAUUAAUAUAUAAUUGAUUACAAAAUAACUUAAAGUCAAUACUCAAUUUGCAAAAAUGAUGUUUUUGGACAAUAGUCCUACUAUCUUUUUUUAAAACGCGCGUUAAAAUAAUGUCAUAUCGGUGGCUCGAUUGCGUGCAUUUUAAAUUUUAACAAAUAUGUUUAACAGGCACACCGUUAAUUGAUAUGCGGCGCUGAUUUUUAAUUUUGAGGGUACGUUUGGGAUCGACCUCCGACUGUCGAGUACCACGGGCGAUUGGACAAAGAAUGCGUAACAAAUCGAAUCAAUUACGAUAAUCCCAAAAGACGAGAGAAGAAAAAAUAUACGAGGAGGGGUGAGGCGGGGAGUGUAGCUGAACGGCAACCUAGUCAAUUUAUUAAGGUUUAGAGGACAUUAGGAGAUUUACCGUACGAUAUUGUAAAAAUUGCGUGGCUUUAAACUUAAAUAUUGUCGAGAAGGAUUACUAUUACUAGUCAUAUUAUCUCUCUCCUUCUAUCUCAAUCACUAAAUGAGGGACAUCAGUCUUAGCGAGCGCGAAGAUAGUCUUCAUCCCGUUACGUGCGCUUAACGGCGUUGUAAGCGUGAUAGUCACGGAAAUUGCGCGUAAAAUAGUCAACAAGAUCUAUCGGACGGAGGCCGUCGAUAUUCGAGUGAAUUAUUUCCACGUUCGAAUCUAUUUGCACUAAUUAUCACACCCUAAUUACUUUCUAAUUAAACAUGCAUAUAACAUAAUUAUAUAAUUUUAUGCAUCUAUAUGUUUCAUGCACUAUGACGGAGUUGUAUAAUUGUAAUUAUCUAAAUCUAUUUAAAUUAUUUAUAAAAAUUGUAAAAAAUUUGCGAAAAAUUUAGUGAACUAGUUUAGAGAAGAAUAAAAAGAAUUAAUAUUAUAAAUAAACUUUGAAUAUUGUUUAGAUCUUAACUCGUCCGAUUACAUUAUCUCCGGCGUUUUGUCUAGCAUCUGUCGUAAUUUUUAUUUACAUGAGAAAACAGAGCACGCAGAGACAAGUUGUCACGGACUAUUCGAGCGUAGAUUUACGUUUGAAGCUCGAAAUAUCGGCGCGGCUUCCAAAUACCAAUAUUGCUCGUGGAAAAAAAGGGUGUCACAGUUUAUUAAAAUAGUUAAUCACGUAAUAUCACUGGUUAUAUUAGAGACGAUACAAUUGUUGAGCUUGGAAGCACUUUUUUAUAGUGAAGUUAGAGUUACGAUCGAUUAGCGAGAUCCUCCCUCGCGGGCUCAGAUCUGUUACUCUUUAUAGUGAUAAUACAGAAUACGCAUUACUACAGUGUAAUUAUGCAGAAUGCAUUAAUUAUAUCUCAUACUGCCAAUCUGUAAAUCAUCAUACGUAGUUUCUAAUUAAUGACAUCGAUAGGUAAUUUCUAGGUAAAGAUCAUGGAUAGGGUAGGUAGGGGUUUCUUUCGGGACACUUUAACGAAUCGUCGAAAUCUCUUUGCGCGCGUAGCAUUUCUAUAUUUGAAGCAAAUUUCACUUUUUCAACAAUUUUUUUCUUUUACGGGGACAUUCGAAAAGUAUUUAAUUAGAUUGGAUCUUUUAGUAUAUUCUUCUUGCAACUGAUUAAAUAUUUUUUGUAAAAGAAGGAUGUGCCCCCCCCCUCCUUACAUCUCUAAAGUCCUCGUAAGCGCUUUGUAAAAAUUAUAGUCGUUCCAGUAAUUUGUAAAACUUACGCAAAGGCCAAUUAGAGAUUAUUAGAAAUUAUUCAUGAAAGUUACGAUCACGUUCACGCCAUAGUAAUUUGCGAAACAAUUAAAAAUUAUUUUAACCGCCAUUGUAAUAGUAAUAGAUUUUAUAGUAUGACACAAAAGAAAAAGUUAUUUGAGGGUUAUAGUUUCAACUUUAAUUUUAGAAACGAGGAGCAAACAUCAAAUUACGUCACGCACAAGGUUCAACAUUGAAUACCGAUGUAGCUUAAACUAUUUAUCACUUUUAUAUAACUCAUUUUAUAAAUAAUAAAAUGAGUUAUCGUACUAAAACUGGAGGAAUACUUUUAUCAUAUACAGCGUCAUUAUUCGCUUUUAUAAAGAUAAUUGAAAAUCAAUGGAAUCUAUUUAAUUUUAAUCGUUUUAAUAGAUUUCAUCUGAUAAGUGUCGUUGCAAAAAAUUUCAAUUAUAUGCAUAUGUAUGAAAUAAUCGAAAGUAUAUCAUUGUUUAUUAUACAUAUUCUUUUGUGCUAUUUAGCACAAAACUUUGCCGCUUAAAAUAGCAGUAAAAAUCAUUGUUACUAGAUUUGUCUAAUUCUUGCAAAGCGUUAGCGAAUUCGUCACGCAAAUCAAUUAGUCGUGUGACAGACGCACGCGACGUGCAAAUCACGACUGCAAAUUAAUUACUUUACUGGUGCUUCGAUAGUCUUUCUGAUUGUUCCGGUGCGUAAAAUCGUUUCGUUUUCAAUCAAAUCGUAACGAGUAGAGGCGAGAGUGGUGUUCCUGUGUUAUCAUUCUAAUUAUAUCUUAAGGUGAUUAGAUUUACUGAGACAAAAAGAGAUUGCAAUAAGCGAAAUAUCAUUGUAUUGUUAGCGAUUUUCCACACUGGGGUGGCAAUAUCAAUAAAUGUUCAAUAUAUCAAAUUAAAAAA